GUAGCCUAGCUGUGUGUAGCCUUGUUCCUGAUUGGGUAUUUACGAUAUUUCGUCAACAAAGUGGGUGUUUCCCUGUUAAAUUUCCGGAAACAUGGAGGCUGUUGUGAGUGAUCUGGUAGCCCCCGAGGACCUUUUGAAAUUCGAGAAGAAGUACAACAGUGAGCUGUUGAAAGGCUCUGUGUCCAGAGAGACAAAGUUUGAGUAUGCAUGGUGUCUGAUACGAAGCAAGUACUCAGCUGACAUCAAGAAAGGAAUUGUGCUGUUGGAGGAGCUGGUUCAAAAGGGAUCGAAGGAUGAUUCCAGAGACUUUCUGUUCUACCUAGCUGUAGCCAACUAUAGACUGAAGGAGUAUGAGAAGGCCCUGAAGUACAUCCGAACCCUUCUAAAGAAUGAACCUGGUAACAAACAGGCUAUAGAGCUGGAAAAGCUCAUAGACAAGGCCUUGAAGAAAGAUGGCCUGGUCGGCAUGGCAAUCGUUGGAGGAAUUGGCCUAGGGGUGGCCGGAUUAGCGGGCCUCAUCGGAUUGGCUGUGUCCAAGGGUGCCAAGUCCUAACAAGGAGGGAUGGAGGGCCGUGGCAGUGCUAAUACACCCCUUCAAGAUAGACUCAUUCUCUGACUCUACUUAACCAACUCAAACCGCAGUUUGACGUGGCUGGCUAUACUGAAUCCCAAGGAAAGCCCUUGAUACCGAAAAUGAAUAUUGUUUUGGGGAAUAAUGUUUUGGACUAAGUUCUGACAAUGGCGCGCAAACUAUAAGGGUUUUUCAAAGAUGGCCUUGAAUGAACUUUUUUCAUAUUUUAACUGAAGUUUAGAUUUAAAGUAAAUUUAGACAUUGUUGUAUUCAUAUUGUACUUGUAAAUAAAAUUGAAAUGUGU